AUCGGAAAUUCAUGGUGUAUCUCUAAUAAUGACAACAGCUGGUGUUUUGGUAAAUCUUUUUAUUAUUUUGUUAUUUGAAGGAAAGGUUGUAUUGUUUCUUAAUGUUAAUCAGUAUUUUUAAAACGAUGAGGAAUAAUAUAGUCUGAUGAAAUAAAAAUCACAUAAUAAUAAUUUCUUUGUGGAGAAGUACACAAUUUAACCAUUCAUAAUGUUUGAAGAUGAUUUAAUAAACGCCGUUCGAAAAUAUCCUUGUUUGUAUGAUAAAAACAACAAAACUUCUGAAAGAACACAACAAAUUAUUAAAAGGUGUUGGAAUAACGUUUCAAUAGAAACUGGUGAACCUGUGGAAAGGUGUCAAUCCCGUUGGAGAUCACUUCGCGAUCGUUUUGUUAGAGAAAAUAAAAACUAUGUUAAACGAAACCAAGUAAGUUUGUGGAAAUUUAUGGAGAAUUUGGAGUUUCUUAGGGAGUUCAUUGAUACACGGCGAAAGAAAAUCAAAAUGGAAGUAAAUCACCGUGAUAUAUUACAAACAAAUAGUGAAGAAAUUGACGAUGAAAGUUUUUGCAGCAAUGAUAACAACCAUUUUGGGGAAGAAAAUUCGAAUUCUUCCCAAAAGAGAUCUUGUGAUGAGAGCUUAGAUUUUGAAUUUGAAGAUUUUACGACUAUCGAGAUACAGUCGGAGCAGAAUAUACCACAUAUUGAAGCUUUAAUAGAAACGCCACUUACUGAACCGUCCAUCAGUCAAUCUUUUAAAAGAUCAAUACGUUCAAGAACUAAUACAAAAGAUACUGAAACAAAGUUUGAUACGUUAGUUGGCACACUAAAUGAAUACAUCAAAAGCCGUCUUAAGGAGAGAAAGAAAAGUAAACAUGAAGAUUUUUUUGGACUACUAAAUACCUAUCUUUCUAAAUUACCCGAGAAAGACCAAGAUAAUUUAAAGGCUGAUAUUUUAAUUAUGGUGUUGAAUAAAACACGAGAAGCAUAAACUCAUAAUACCUUUAUACCAUUUUCUAAUUUAAGUUUCUCACUUUUGAAUAAAGUUAAAUUUAUACUAUAUAUGAUAAUGUAAUUAUCAUAAAACUCGCCAUUUCGAAAUAUGUAGUUGAAAAGAUUAUUAAGGAAAAUAAAAUAAAAAAACAUGGAAAAUUGAUUUUAAAUUAUAUUACAAGAGAAACCGCUAGUUAAUAAUUUAAAUGAGUAAUUGAAAUACUUCAUUAGAAAGGAAUGUAUUGCUCUAUUAUGAGUGUAUAUAUAUACGAAUGUGUUCCCUAAGUAGUUUUGGUGUGAUAACUAUGAUUUACGAAAUAUAAAGUCAGACUCGCUAUAAUAUAUAAUAUAAUAAUAGACUCUUUUGGCCAUCUUAAAGGAAAUAUUUAUUUCUUAAGACUUUUAUACAGUUAAAUAACAACAAAAGGAUUAUCGUAUAACUGUACAAUCUCAUCCAAUUCUCUACUAAAUUUAUGUAUUCAUAAAAGAAUACAUUUUAUUUACAAUAAUUAAACAAUAAUCAAUAUUGUUACAUUGCACCAACAUAGACACCAUAAAAUUGAAACAAUUUUAUUACAAGCCUUUAUGGCUCAGGGCAUAAAGUGUUAAGAAUUCACCAUAAAUGCCUGUUUCCGAAUUAAUUCUCUGAACGUACCAGCUUCACUUGUAAUCAAUUCAUCGUAGCGCCCUUGCUCUACUACACUACCGUUUUCUAAAACUGCAAUUUUGUCAGCGUUACGUAUAGUGCUUAACCUGUGCGCAAU